AGAGAAUACGCCAAGGCUGGAAAAUAAUGUUAUGUGUAAAAAGUGAUGAUGAAAAUCACAAAACCAUUUCAAAAGAUAAAGAAAAUGUUGCAAAAUGGUUAGAUUCACUACCGAUUUUUUAUGAAACGGAAUCAGUUGCUUCAAAACAUGGAAGAACUAAAAUGUGAGAUUGAAAAUAAUAUAAUGACUUUUACUGUCAAUGAUAAAAUAGUUGAAAAUGCUGAAAAUACAAUGAAUGGCGUGGAUGAAUUACUCAAACUAAUUGACGAUAACGAAUGGUAUGCAACAAAUAUAAUUCAAUCAGAUGAUGGAAAAAAGUGUCAAAAUGUACUUCAACUGAACAAUAGUGAAGUUUCCACUGAUCAGUCAAAUGUAUACAUUGAAGUGAUUGUUUCUGUAACUAUUACAUUUAUCAUUGGCAUUGCUCCGCGUCUUUCCGGCUGUUACUGUUGGUUGUCAACUGUUGUCCGUUAUCACUACACCGCGCGCACAAACGACGCACGUACGUUAAUGCCGCAAUCUUGUUGUGCUCCCAUUCUUUGAAGACUUCGGACGAAACGCCGUCCUACGUGGUUCGGGUCACGGUUCAUCAUCAUCUUCAAAUGACUCGGGUUCCCGUCAUAUCGCCACCGUUUUCGAUUAACAAAUUAAAUGUUUGAAUAAUGUUUUAAAACGGAGAAGUCAACUGUUGUCAAGAAAUACCAGAAAAAAAUCUUCCACUCAUCAUGGUGAAUUUGGACGAGCCUCCUUUUCUUACAGUUGGCACAGAAGUCAGUGCCAAAUAUAAAGGAGCGUUUUGUGAAGCAAAAAUCAAAAAGAUAUUGAAAAUUGUAAAAUGCAAAAUUCUAAAUUCCAAUGGAGUGUCUACAUUUGUUUUUGAUGAUGUGAUAAAAGGAGAAUUAAAAGUUGGAGCUACUGUUGAAGUAAAAUGUGGUGAUAAAAAAGAAUUUAGCCAAGCAACAAUUCAAAAAAUUCAAGAUUGUAGUCAAUAUACUGUUGUAUUUGAUGAUGGUGAUAUAACAUCAUUGAAAAGGACUGCAUUAUGUUUAAAAAGUGGAAAACACUUUGCUGCUAGUUCUACUCUUGAUCAACUCCCUCUUACCCAUCCAGAGCAUAUUCGUAGUCCUGUACGUACUAAUAUAGUGCAGAGUUGCAGAAUUCGAAAACCUAAAAAAAGUGUUGAGAAAAUUAGCGAAGAAAAAAUUUCAUCCAUGGAAGAAAAAGAUAUUGGAAAAGUAUUUUGUGUAGAAUCUAAUGAUAAAAAGAAAGUUAGAGACAAUUGGUUUCCUGGAUUGGUAGUUGCACCUACUGCACAAUCCUCAGUUAAAACAAAUAUAACUGAUGACUAUUUGGUUCGUUCAUUUAAGGAUGGAAAAUACUAUACUGUGCCAAAAAAAGAAAUUACAGAAUUUACAAAAGAAAUUGGUGCUAGAGUGGAAAAUCCUACUCUUAAAACUGCUGUUGAAAAAGCCACAUUGUAUCUUGACAAGGAUGAAUUACCUCCACAUUGGGAUCGUGAUUUGCUAUUUGGUCUUGAAAAAAAUUGUUUAACUACUGAUGAUGAAGAUAAAUGUGAUAAUGAUGAAACUCCUGAAUCGAAAGUCGAUGAAGGAAAAGAUCAUUUUCUUGCACUAUUAUUUAAAUUUUUGGAUGAAAGAGGAACGCCUAUAAAUCAAGUUCCAUCUCUUAAUGGCAAAGAUGUUAAUCUAUUCAAAUUAUUUAAGUUAGUUAUGAAUUUAGGAGGUUUUAACAAAGUCAAUAAAUUGAAGGAUGAAUGGAGAAAUUUAUCAAUAAAAAUUGGCCAUGAAGAAUCACAUAUUGUUAUGAAAGAUAUUUAUCGAGAAUACUUGCUUAGUUAUGAGGACUUUAAUCGUAAACUUGGUUGUACUAUGCUCAACUAUCCAAGAGGAGUAAGAUCACGAAAUAGAUUUAGUCGGAGUAUCAUUCGAGAUAUUGAUAAGGCAUUACCCAGCUCAUCAACAGCUGAGAAGGUUGAAAAUCAGAAAGAAGAAACUAAAGACAAAUCAGAAUCAUCUAAAGAUAACGAAACUAUUAAAGAUACAGUAGUAAAUAAAAAAACAGCUAAAAUGUUAAAGUUAGAAGAAAAAAAUUCUAAUAAAAAUAACGACGAAUCUAAAAGAAGUGAUAAAAAAGAUGACGCUACAUCGCGUAGUAAAUUAUCAGGUAAAUUGGAUCCUGACAUAACGGAGGCAAAUGAUAUUAAAAUAAAAAAUGAAUUAAAAGAAACAUCGAAGAAAGAGGAAGACAAAAAGGAUAAUAUUGAAUUAAAACAAGUUGAUGCUGAAAUUGUUGAGGAUAAAAAAGGUCAAAAAAAAAAAAACGCAAAAAAUUUAUUCGGAAAAUCAAUUCGAAAAGCUCCUAAAAAAGAAAAAAUUUCAAAAGUAAAACCCACAGAAACUGGAUUGCCGGGGGUGAGAAAAAUGAGAGCUAUUAAGAAACAGAUUAAGACAUUUGUGAAAACAAUAACUCCCUUCAAAAAAUCAAAAAGAGGCGCAAAUAAUACCCAGCAAGAUGCUUCUAAUAAAAAAAAACCAGAUGAAGAUGUCCCAAAAUCAACACGUUCAAAAUCUAAAGAAGAUGUACCAAAUAAAUCAAGAAAAAUGUCAGUACCAAGUGAUCAUACUGAUAUUGCUACAGUUCAACCUAAGAAUUUAUCAACAGUAGAAAAUCAAGGUAAAAUCAAAAAAGUGGAUGGUGGGCCUGAAAAGAAAAGAACUACAAAAAAGAAAAAAGAUGAGAAAGAUGUAAAACCAUUAGUUGCUUUUCCACAUGUGAAUUAUAAAAUGGAACCACUAGGUAAGAGUGGACUUGUGGAAACAGGUGAUAUAUUAAGCGUAUAUUAUGGAGAUAAACACAAUAUAUAUUCUACCACUUAUGAUGCAAAAGUUAUUAGUUGUAUUUGUGUUAAUGAAGGAUAUAGAUAUUAUGUCCAUUAUGUUGGAUGGAAUUCUCGUUAUGAUGAAUGGGUAGAUCAUUUACGUAUUUGUUCUAAACGUGGACCAGAUGGUAUUAAUUCAGAAACAGGAGCUGAACCUGAUACCGAUGUGGAUCCUUCUAAAAAUGAACAAAAAAAGUUACCACCCACUAGAACUAGAAGAUCAAUUACUCCAAGUUCAUCAUCUGUUCAUAGCAAAAAGUCACCGUUUAGCAAUGGUAGACAAACUAGAACAUGUACCCUAGGUGAUCAGCCAUCAACAGUUAUAGAGAAUUCAGAUUCGGAAAGUGAAUUUCCUAGAAACUUAGGAAUGACAAAACAAUAUAAUAAAAGAAAUCAACAACCCAAAACUAUUAAAUCUGAACAUAAUGCUGCUAUUAAGACAGAAGUUUUAGUUACUGAUAAUCAAAAGAAGUCAAUGUAUCCUAAAACAUAUCCUAGUAAAGAAGUGCUUAUGCAACGCAACAUACCAAAAAAAUCAAAAUCGUGUGUCUUUAAAGUUCAUAGUAAUAAAUCUGAAGAAAUCGAACUAUGUGAACAAGUUACUCUUAAAGCGCCGCUUGAUUUAAAAUCUGAAAUGCCACCACCUACAAAUAUAAUAUCCAAUAUAAAGAAAGAAAAUAUAGAAAUAAAAAAUGAAGAUAAUAUUUCAGUUAAUGCUACAAUUGAAGAAGAAAAUGCUAUAAUUAAUUACGUGUCAUCAAAAGAAGCAUUAGAAAAAAAUGACCAACAAAAUAUAAUAUAUGAAACUCCAAGUAGCAUUGAUGGAAAAAAUGAAAUAAAUAUUGAGACAACAACAUCACUAUCAAAGUCUCAAGCCACAAGUGUUAUCUUUUACAAAUCAUCUUCUGAAGAUAAAGAGUCAGUUCAAUUAAAAAUACCAUGUGAAGAACUAUCCUUGCCUUUAAGUAACCAACCUGAUGAAUCAAAAAUAUCUGGCACCGAUUUUGAUCUUAACGAAAUAAGAUCAGAAAUGAAAGGUCUUUUGCCAACAUCAACUAUUAGUAAUAUAGAUCUCAAUCAUAGUGAAAAAUCAGUGUUUCAAAAUCAAUUUGAAAUCGAAGAAGAAAAAAAUGCUAAACCAGAAACAGAAGAUAUUUAUGAAUUCAAAGAAUCUGAGCCAUGUGAUUUUGAAACUAUCCCUUCUGUUAUCGAAGAAAAAAACCGUAGAGUUAUUAAAUAUAAUGAUUCACCAAAAUCAUAUAAUUUUGAAAAAACUAUUGAACCACCAAUAAUCACUGAAUCUGUAAUAAAAAUGGAAGUAGCUGGACAAAAUCAAUCUGUGAUACCCAAUGUAUCUAAUAGCAAUAACACUUCACAAUUUUAUGUAAAUAUUGAAACUAAUGUGAAAGAAAACGAUUAUAAAGACAAUUUGAAUCACGGAAAUGAAGUUGAAAGUUCUGUAUUUCAAAAUCAAUCAGAUAUUGAAUCUGAUGGAUCUGAGAAUUUGAUUAUAAGUGAUGUGAUUGAUUCUAAACACGUAGAUGAAGAUUCUCGGGAUGAAACAUGUCAAAUUGAUGAAUCUGAUAUGAAAAACGAAGUAUUAGAUUUAUGCAUGAAACCACCAGAAUCACCUCCUAAUAACAUUUUUAGUAUGCCAGAACCAAAUGAUAUUAACGACAUGGCUAUAGAAGAUGAAGAUGAUGAAGAUGAUGAUGAAUUAAAAUUAGUAAUAGCUGAUGAUAAAAUUGAUACUGAUUAUCAAAUAGAAACAAACUUACUAAGUGGUGAAGAACAUAAUUCUUCUCGUGAACAAACUGAAGAAGCACAAGAAAAAUCGCCACCGCCAAUGCCUCCUAGUGUACAUCAAUUAUUAAUGACAGACCCAGAAGAUUUUAAAAAUUCUUUUGCCAUGAAAAGAGACACUAUUUUACCUAGAGAUACUGAUGAUGAAAGUACUACUUCCUGUAAUGAAAAUAUUCAAAAUGAUCUUGUACAAAGUUUCCAAAUGUAUUCAAAUAUUGAUAACCAGUCACCAAAAACAAAAAUUUAUCAGCCUUACUUAGAUAAUAAUGAUGAUAGUACUAAAUCAGGAUUUGAAUUUGGGUCCAAUUCAAAAUCACCAACAUUUGAAAAUGCAGAAAAUGUUGAACUUAUUGAUCAGUUUUCUACCAAUGAAUCGACAAAUAAAGAAUAUAAUUAUGAGAUUAAUAAAUUUAAAAAUAAAUCUGGAAAAGAAGGUUCUACAUUUCUUCCGGAAUUGCAAUGUAGAGAAGAAAUAAUAGAUGAAGAAAGUCUCAAUAAUGCUCUAGUCAUAGAAUAUAGUCGUAAUAAUGCAGAAUAUGAUAUUCACAAGCCCAGUACUAGCAAAGGACACUUUGAUUCAAUACACCAACCCUGCUCCAGUAAAAGUGAAAUUUAUGAAACUAAUAUUUCUAGUGAUACAAAAAAUAAUAGUUUCAUUGAUGCUGAACCAACAAAUGUAAUUACAAGUGUCAUUUUCGAUGCGCCUAGUAGUAGCAGAAAUGUUAUUAUUGAUGAUAAAAUUCCAAUUGUUGAAAGCUGUAAAAAUAGUGUCUAUGAUAAAAAUGUUCCUAUUAAAAACCAAAGCAGUCUCUAUGAUAAUCCUAUACCUAGUACUAGUAAAGUUAAUUAUAAUUCAGAUUCAAAUGUAAAUGAUGUAUUAUUCUGUGAAGAAACUAUACCAGGUAGUCCAACUGGUACAUCAGAAGAACAAUUUGAUAAUGAGGAAACAAAAAGAACUGCUAUGGAACAAGACUUGUAUGAAGAAAGAGAAGCUGCUUCAGCUAUGUACGCUAUGAAUCGAUCAUUCCAACGACCUAUGGUUACUUUGAUGGGUGCAAGUGAAGCAGAGAUGGAAGAGUAUACCAGAAUUCUUAAAACUGAUGGAACGCUUGAUCAAACACAUUUACAAUUCUUAGCUGAGAUCUCUAGUAGGAAUCAAGAUAUAAAAAUAAAUGAACCCCCUGUAACUGAACCAUCUGUAAAUGAAUCACCAGAACCAGAACCAGAACCAAUUGUCAAACCAAAGCUACCAGAAAAAUCUCAAACAAAACGUAAAAAUAGCCAUGAACAUUCAACUUCAAAACGGAAUAAAUCAUCUACUAUAACUACUUCAACUAUUCAAACUGAAAAACCUGAAAUCAAAACGCCUAUACCAAUGAAAGAUGGCAAACCAUUAAUUGCAUUUACUCCAGAUAUGGACUCUACUCAACGGCAAGCAUUAAUUUUAGCCAGAAUUAAUGAUUUAAGAAAAGAAUACAUAGUUGUGAAAACUCGCAUAUCUGUUGUUGAUAGAAGAAGGAAAAAAAUAAGAAAACGUAAAAGAGAAAUGACAAAAAUUGCUAGUAUUCAGAAUAAACAAUCGUCUGUGAUUAACUCAGCAAAAUAAUUUUUAGUUAACUUAACCCACUAAUUUAAAUUAUAAUUAAAAUGUUGGUCAUUUAAUACCUCUAUCAAUUGUAAAUGUUAUCAUUGUGAUGAUUGUAAUGAUUUAGACUAUAUAUUUUAUUUUAUAUAAGUUUUUAAAAUGUACAUAAAAUAAUCGGGUUUUUUUUCUUGUAAUUAAAAACUUAAUUUCAAGCACAUAUUUUUAAGUUGCUUCAACAGUAGUCAAUAUUUGUCUUAAUUCUUGAAUCAUAUUGAAAACUUUGAAUCAUUAAAACAUAUAUAUUUUACUGUUUUAAUGUUUUGUAAAAUAUUUUUUAUUUUUAUGUUUGUAUAUAAUUGUAAUUGAACUCCAUUUUUAUACAUACAUAUUUUAUUUUUAUGCAUACAUAACAGUAGUGUAAUUCGAUGGGUUGGACAACUCAUGUAUUUACUACAGUCUAAAAGGUAAUUAACCUUCUAUAUUGUGCCAAAUAUUUUAUACAAAAAUGAGAAUGUGACUUAAAUAAUUUAUACUUAUUA